GCCCACCAACGGCUAUGUACUGUUCUUUGGAUAUUGGUCAAGUCUCAAGCUUCUGUACCCUUUCUGAGGGCUAUGUUCUGCGCAUAUAAAACCUCCGCUUACGCGACAUACUGCUAUUCUUCGCUCAGUGGACCUAGUCUCGCUCCAAAUCUCUCGAUUUCUGAACUCCUGUCCUCAGCGUUCCAUCACGGCGUCGGUAACCAGAGAUCGUCUUGGCUCGCAUAAGACAGCUACACUGCGCAUACAGUCCUGCCGGCCACUUACGACGGUGUCUAGACGUAGGCCGGCAUCGAUUGUUAAGUCUCCAUUCUACGAGAGCUUUUGAGCCAGAGGUGGGCUGCAGAACUCACCUUUUAUAGAUAGCCGAAGUCUACCUGUACACGUUUCAAGCGGUUACAAUGGAUGUAGCUGAACCAAUAGAUCGCUUCGCGCUACCUAGCCUUCGUAUGAAGAUGCGUCCUCUGUCUACAACAUUGCACGGUAUAAGCAAAUAAGCAGCAGUGAGAACUGUUUACACGCUCUCUCAUGUCGCAUGCGGUCUCUGUGCUGCCCUCUCUCACGAGCCAGCAGAAUCAGACAAGGUCAGUCCAGGAUGCGUCCCGCUCGCGGAGUAUCUGGACGGAACGGGAACCCGCUGACCUCUGAGCGUUUCAUCCGUGCACUAAUGUGAGAGUGUUCAGACAGCGCGAGCCCUUAUAUUAGCCGGACGAGACAGAUGCAUAUAAGACCUGCCCCAUCUCUUUAGUGUUAUCACCGGCAUGUCACAAGCGCCCUUUGAAGAGUCGAAGACACAGUAUUAUCACCACGGACGAUUCUCCUUUGCAGGAGGUAGCGUCCCGAACGCCUAUACAGCUUAUCGAACUUACGGCGACUCGACAAAACCAUGUAUCGUGUACCCAACUUGUUACGGUGGCAAGCUGGAUAGCCAGUUGCAUAUGAUCGGGCCGAAUAAGGCUCUCGAUUCCACGCAGUACUUUAUCGUGACGUUCGCGCUGUUUUCAAACGGAGAGCAGUCGUCCUCCCCAUCGAACACGCCGGAGCCCUACAACGGGCCCUAUUUUCCAGUCGUCACGUAUGAGGACAACAUCCGAGCGCAGCAUGCCGUGCUGGUGGAGAAGUUGGGAGUCAAAAGGAUAUAUUGCGUGAUCGGAUUCUCCAUGGGUGGACAGCAGGCUUACUAUUGGCCGGUCAUGUUCCCAGACUUUGUCGAUAAGUUCGUUGUUAUCUGUGGCUCUGCUCGGACAAGCCCUCAUAAUCAAUGUUUCCUCGAGGGCCCGAGGAUCGCGCUGGCCGCUUCGCGGGAUUACCAGGAUGGACACUACACGACCAAACCCCAGCAUGGCAUCCGUGCGUUUGCUCGUGUCUACAGCGCAUGGGCAUACGGCCAAGCAUGGUACCGCCAGAAUCUAUAUCUCUACGGUGGCAAGUACACGGAUCUAAAUGAUUUCAUUCGUUCCGAAUGGGAGGCGGGGCACCUGGCAAACUGGGACGCCAACGACAUGCUCGUGCUGCUGCGCACCUGGCAGAUGGGCGACAUCUCGAAGAUACAGAGCAUCGCUCCCAGUUUGCAGGGCGACCUUGUUGGAGUGCUCAAGACCAUCACGGCGAAGGGCCUUAUAAUGCCCUGCGUAACAGAUCUGUAUUUCCCGCCUGAAGACAGUGAGGCUGAGGUCGAGGCAAUGGGAAGUGACAAGUCUCAGCUGCAGAAGAUUCCUUCAAUCUGGGGACAUAGAGGCAAGCAUUCGCUUUGUCGUCCCAUCUUGAUACAUGCUGACUCAUCACGGUGUGCAGCCGGGGGUGGGGCCAAUCCAGAGGACAUCCAGUUCGUCGCCGGAUACGUACGUAAGUUCUUGAAGAAGCAAUAAAGUGAAAGGACAGUUUUGUUAUAUAACGUGGGCGAAUCGAAACUAUAUUCUGCGUCUUUCUAUAUUGGCAGUAAGCACUGCGAAAUCGGCCGCGAAAGCUGUCAGGCCGAAUCCCGACAUGACCGCACUCCAGCGUCUGCCUUG